AUGCCGACCGGACGUAAGGUCUUCCACUGUGCUGUGGACGAAACCGCCUUGACUACCAAUAUCAGUGAAAUCAAGAAAUGGACUACGAAUGGUUCUAUCACCCUGGUAGUUCCUCUGUACACCCUCGAACGUCUCCAUGCGCUGAAACGAGCCGGAAGCCAAGUUGCCAUCAACGCCCGCGAAGCCGUGCGCUUUCUCGACCGUGUCACCUCGGGAAAGGAUAACAUCGCCGCUGAACGAGUCGUUUUGCAGGGUCCGAUGGAGCAGUAUGAACGAUGGGAGGACGCGGAGAAGUUCUUCCUGCCAGAAUUCGAAGAAGAGCCCGAGGCGAUCGAUCACGGAGUGAACGGCGAUGGUCAUGUUUCGCCAGAGAAGCGAGCGCCGGACAGCACCAAGGAUAACAAGAGAAAUGGCGCUUCUGGAUCUGACGAUUUGUCCCAGAUGCUUCUCAACAAGUUGAACUUCAAGAAGGAUUCCGAUGCCGUUUCGACCACCUCCGCCGGUACACAUAGUGGCCCUGCCUCCCGAACGUCCUCGCGAAGCUCCCGAACCAGCCCGGAAUGCGCCAACUCCCACGGUGAUGUGAACGGAGAAGGAUCGAAGCCAAACAGAGCGGCCCACGUAAAUGGACACCAGCGCACCGCUUCGGAAACGGCCAUCCCAACGGUCCCCCUUGUUCUCCGACCGCUGCUUAGCGCCAUCCUUUGGCGACUGCACGAUGGACCCGACGCAUCCAACGUGGCGAAGAGCUGCAUCCUCAUAUCGAACGACGUCGUGGUUCAAUCCUGGGCUCAAAAAUUCGGCAUCGGAGUGAAAAACAUCCACCAAUUGCGGACAUCGAUCCAAUACGAGGAACGAGAAUACAAGAACCGGUGCAAAUACGUCGAGAAGACCCAAGGUGCUGGUCCUGGUGCUGCUGCCGAACCUAAGUCGCUUCUAUCCUAUGACGAUGAAAGUGAAGAAGAUGAGCUGGUCUUUGUUCCUCGCGGCCGUGGAAAGGGAACUGCCACAAAGAGCGGAGGUUCAGGUUCACGUAGCAGCAACCGCAAACCGGCGCCCUCGAAAAAUGUCGCACCACCUCUGGAGGAGACGAUGGAAGUCCCGACAGCCCCCAUUGAUCCGGAUUCGUUCAGUCGGUCCAUUGGUGGCGCUGUCAAGCAGCCGCAACAGACCGUUGAUCUUAGCACACAGGCUGGAACCUCGCAGGGUCUAGCAAGGCCCUCUCGCGGAGGUCGCCGGGGCGGCCCUCGCGGUGGUCGUGGAAACGGUCGUGGUCGCGGCAAGCUCUGGGUUCCUUGA